UAUUUGACAUUUCACUCAAACAAGGCACACAUUUAUUGAAUGUUUUGAACUCAUUGUGAGUAAGUUAAGUGCAAAAAUUCACACAACAAAAUGCGAUACGCUCAAUUGGUAAUGGGGCCGGCUGGCUCUGGAAAGUCAACGUAUUGUGCUAACAUCCAACGGCAUGCAGCGGAUGAGAAGCGUAUAAUUGAUGUUGUGAAUUUGGAUCCAGCUGCUGAACACUUUGACUAUCAGCCAUUGAUCGACAUUCGAGAGCUAAUCCAUUUGGAUGAUGCGAUGUCGGAUGAAGAGCUUCACUUUGGUCCAAAUGGUGGUUUGGUGUUUUGCAUUGAAUACCUCAUCGAAAAUCAAGAAUGGUUCAAAGAGCAACUGUGCGGCGGUGGUGAUGGUGAUGAGGAUGCCUUAGAAGGUGAACCAGAUGAUGAUUACAUCAUUUUUGACAUGCCCGGCCAAAUUGAACUGUACACACAUCUGAACGUUGGCCGACAAUUGGUCGAAUUGUUGACAUCGUGGAACUUUCGAGUGGCCAGUGUUUUUCUACUCGACUCACAGUUUAUGAUCGAUGGCGCGAAAUUUCUAUCGGGUACCAUGGCUGCAUUAUCGGUUAUGGUGAACAUGGAAUUGCCGCAUAUAAACGUGAUAAGUAAAAUGGAUUUGCUCAGCAAAUCGGCACGCAGCCAAUUGGACAAGUAUUUAGAGCCAGAUGCACGUGCAUUACUCGGCCAGGUCACCAAUGAAUCGUCAUGGGGACGAAAGUAUCGUAAAUUAUCCGAAGCCAUUGGUAAUCUCAUUGAAGAUUUUAGUCUGGUUCGAUUCACACCGUUGAAUUUGAACGAUGAAGAAAGUAUCGCUGACUUGCUGCUGAUCAUAGAUAAUAUCAUUCAAUAUGGAGAAGAUGCCGACGUCAAACAACGAGACUUUGAUGAACCAGAUCCCGAGGACAAAGAUGAUGAUCCAACAAAAUUGUAUUGUGGCGACUUUUAGUCUCUCGUUUUUACAGUUUACAAAUAAAUUUUUCGUUUCAAUUUAUACAAUUUAAGCUAUGAUUUCCUUGUUAACAUAAGAUAGAAUAAAAGACAAGUGAUUGACUAAAAAAA